GAUAUGUCGUUCGUGUUGACCGUUUAGAGAAGAAUUGUGGUGAUAUACAAAAAAUUAUGGUUGAAAAUUGUUUAAAAUAUCUUGACAAUGAAGAAGACGAUUAUAUGAUUUCAUUUCCAACCAUAAAAGGUGUCUCACCGCCUCCUCCGUGUAAUCGCGACCAUUCACCAAUGCUUUUCCACGUUUUUUGGCAUGGUCAAAUUACUGAUAAACUUGUCUUGGUGAUGAAAUCUUUUCUUUAUAGUCAACCUCUUGAAUGUUCAACGCUCUAUGUCUGGCUCGAUGAUAUGAAUGUUACCAAUCUCAAUGAUAAUGAACUUAUUCGCCCUUUAUUCAAAUAUUCUCCAACUCAUAUUGAAUUCAAAUCCUGGAACAUGGUGGAGCAACUUUCAUUUAGUGAUGUAUAUGCUGGGUGGCAGGAACCUGAAUAUUCCAAUAGAUAUGUUAAGAUUAGUGACAUGUUCCGUUUUGUAGUUCUUCAUAACUAUGGUGGUAUAUAUCUUGAUUCUGACGUCAUUCUUGUUCGUGACAUGCGUCCUUUGUACUACGCAAAUUUUGAAUUCGCUUAUC